CAGAGGAGGACACACACUGGGAGGGAGGUAUCUUGCCCAAGGACACAACAGACAAACUUGGGAUAGGGGGGAAUCGAACCGCCAACCUGCCGGUCAUUGGACGACCGCUCUACCUCCUGAGCUGCUGCCGCCCCUUCAGAGUUUUAGAGUUUGUAAACAUUCAGCAGUUUUUCUUUUUCUACGGGUUUCUUAUCAGUUCAAAGUAAACAGAACAGGACGUUGUUUCUUUCCUCCACCUCACAAAGUCAUUCAUUGAUUAGAAAUAACCCAAAUAAACGGACCAACAGGCUCAACCUGAAAAAACAUCCCAACAUUUUUCAGUGUGUAGAUCUGUCUUAGAGGAUCUUAAACAACACUUCAUGGGUUAAGGUUAGUGAAACGUCUUAAUCCAGGAUCUGUCAAGUCACCUUGUUUCAUAUUUGGACACACCUUUGGACCACACACACACACACACAGACACACAAACCUGAGAUGGUCUUUUCCCACAGAAACACGGCGAGACCCACAGCAACAACGACGGCUCCGGCCACAACAAACAGUAGACUCAGGACCACCCAGACCUUGAUGAGGACCGUGUACGGUUCUGUGGACACCGUCAGAAAUGAGCUUUAGAGACUCUUGAGGUUUAAACCUCGUGAAGUUCAGACUCUCUCACUUACUCGUGACCUGUAAGUCCACGUUCUUGCGCAAAAUCCCGUGUUUGGUGCUGUGGACGGUGCAGGUGUAGGUGCCGCUGUCAGAGAUGCGGGGUUUGUCUAUAGUGAGGGUCAAGUCUCUGUAGAAGAACCCGAUGAAGUCAGCUGACAGGGAUGUCCGGCCGCUGUACUGGACGUUCGGAUUCGGGUCCUCGGUCCCGUGCUGCUGGAUGAUGGCGGGAUCCAGAUCAAAGCGGCUCCACACCACAGAGGUGAUGUCUCCAAACCCUCCAGGUAUGGUGCAGGGCAGACUGACAGACUUCUGACCCUCAUACACCCACUCAGUCACCUCUUCACCCAAGGCAUGCUGGGAAACUGUGAGGACAUGAGGGGAAGAAACACCGUAAAGAGGAAAACCUCGAUUUGGUGUAAAUUAAUGUUGAUUCUGAUCUUAGCUCUCAGUCGGCGCUACUUUUGGAGGACUUCCUGUAUUAAAGGGAUAUUCUGGUGUAAAAUUAAUUUAGGGUCAAACCCACCGUAACACAAGGGCCAAUAAACUUCUACUGUAGUAAAAUGAAAAGGUAAAGGUGUUUUUAUUGAGCCGAAUUAUCAAUAAAAUCAUGAUUUUGUUAACAGGUAUGGAUUUAUGUGCUGUUGAGUUAAUAUAUUUGAACAAGAGCACAGUAAAGUUAAAUCAGCUAAUUUUCCAAUGAGGUUCUGUUACUGAACGGAACUACACCAUGUUCUACUGAGGUUAGUACAUAUAGGGUCACAGACAUAGUACUAGACACCAAACAUCUUUUUAACUUUGACUCAUUUCUUUAGCAAAGAGACUAAACACAACUCACCUACUCUCUUCCAGCAGACGCUUGUUUGUACAGAGACCUCAGGCCAGUCCAUUACAGACUACAGCGGGGUGCCGCUGCUCAAGGAAGAACAUUUAUGACCAUUUCUUUAUCAUUUCCUUGAAGUAAUAAUCACCAUAUUAAACAUUUUACAGACGCGGUAGUUCUUCUGUCUUAGCGUCUCGGUCUGAUUGUAUUUCCAUGAAGAAAUGAUCAUAAAUGUUCUUCCUUGAGCUGCGGCACCCCGCUGUAGUCUGUAAUGGACUGGCCUGAGGUCUCUCUAGUACUAUGUCUGUGACCCUAUAUGUCCUGUUGAUGAAGUUAGGUGUUGUUCUGAGCAUUAUUUGUGGCUAUAGAGUGGCGUUUUGGUUGGGGGCGUGGCUCUCUGUAUUUCUAUCCUGCGGUCGUUACUAAAGUUGGUAUAACUAGAGAAGGAAGCGGUCGACAACAUUCAUCUCUGGAGGGGGGGUCUAACUCGGUGUUACAGUGGGUUUGACCCUAAAUUAAUUUUAUGCUGGAUUGUCACUUUAAUAUACAGACAAAAUAAAUAAUAAGAAUAAAUAAAAACUAAGGGUACAAUAGCAGCAUGGUGAGUGAUAUUGCACUUUCUGGAGGUAGAGUGGUAGUGGUAUAAAAACCAAAUAAAUAAAAGUACAGAUAAAAAGAUAUAUAUUCUUACAUACACAUAAUAAAUAGUGAAAACAGACUGAAAACCUGAUAAGAACCUGGACUUUUCCACAAUGUAAUCGUCAAAGAAAUAGAGUCUCUGAAGAUUUAACUGUUUGAAUCGAAAAUAUGUGGAAGUUUCACUUUUUGAAUUUAAGUCUGGAGAAAAAUGAACUUUUUUGACAUUCUAAUAACUUUUCUAUUCUGACCUACAGACAGUCUCGUUUUAACUUCAUCUUUAUGAAUCUAAGUCUCUGUAUAUUAAACUCAGUCUGUUUAUUAAACUCGGUCUGUAUAGUUACAGGUCUCUCUGAAGUCUCUGUGGUUUAUAAUUAUAGUUAUAUAAGCGCGAUGAACACGGUCUACCUCGAACUCCUAAAACAGAUCAGUGGAGAAACUAAACGGACUAAACCAGUUUUUUCUUCUUCUUCAUCUGUAAAGAUCUGAACUCCUCACCGUGUCCGAGGAGGAUCACACACAGCAGGAACAUCUCCACCAACCAGCUGAUGAGGAGAAGAAGAAGAAGACCAACAACAACUCCACCACCUCUGAGACCAGACUCCGUCAGUUUCGAUUCUGCUGAGAAGUCUUCAGAGAGGUCCGCACACCUGUCUCUGGUUACGCGGUUGUCUGGCCUCUAGUGGUCAAACUGGGAACUGCAGUCUCUGUAUACUAAAAUAAUGUGAAAGAGUAAAUUUCAGAACAACAGAGACGAUGUUUAUUGAUGUUUAAGAGUCUAAAUGAUGGACGAUGAUGAGUUCUACCUGCAGACCUCUUUCUGUGGUCUCACACUCAGGUGUGACACUUUCUGCUGACCCUAACUCUAAAGGUCAAAGGUCCAGGAUGUACCCGGCAAUCUGAAAAACCGGUGUGUCAGGAUGAUCUCCCUCCUGCACCUGUCUCGACUCAAACAGGUGAUGAAGGAGGUGUUCAGAUCUGAAGGUGGAGCAGAGGCCACGCCCAUUUCCAGACAGGUGAGACAGAGUUUUCACCUGCAGAUGAGAGAGUUUUGGGGGUGUGGUCGGUCCGACACAUGCCUGCUGAGGGUGUUUCUCUGUGUAGUCAGGUAUGAAGGCUUGUUGUGGUUCUUCUUCUCUCAGCAGGAAUCUGAGUCUGUCAGGGUCAGGAGGAAUAUAGAGUCUUAUGUUCUUAUUUAUCAUAUUAUCUUAUCUACUUAUUUAUUUUAAAUUAACAGAUUUAUUUUAUUUUUAUUUGUUUUAUUUAUUUUAUGUUUCUGUUUUUUAAUUUUAUUUGUUUAUUGAUUUAUUUUUUCAAUUUAUUUAUAUAUAUUUAUUUUAUUUAAUUUUAAUUUUAUUUAUCGGUGUCAGGUCAUGUCUCUUUAACAAUAUAUCUUAAAUUCUCACUCUGUCUGUGUUUGUGAGUGAGGGAGGGUGUGUGUCUGUGGGUCCAUGGGUGAGUAUGUGGGUGUGAGGGUCAGGUGUUAUUGUUGUUUUAUUGUUGUUUAAUUGUUGUUUUUUAGCCUCUGUGAGGAACUUUGAAACUACAUCUUUGUCUGAAAAGUUCCAUCAAAAUAAAAUUGACUUUGAAUCAUUUAUAUUUACGUAUAAUUGAAAAAGUUCUAUUAUAGUUUAGUGUCAUUAUAACGUGUCUCUCUCUCUUCAGUGUAGACUUUAUUUUAGUUUGUAAAAGUUUUAUUUUGAAAGAGUUUUCUACGUGUUAUCAGAGGUUUUUUUAAAACCCUUUAUUGCCUUUUUUAUCGUAUUUGAUUCAUACUUUUAUAAACUUCUAUCAAAUCAAUAUGAUCAACAAAUUACUAAAAAAAAAACACCAGAAUACAGUCUGAUAAAUGAUAAGAAUGUCCUAUUUUAGUUUAUCAGUGUCUAUAAACAGUAAAUGUAUCAAACAAGAGAAAUAAAUAUAUUUGUGAAAUUUUAAGGACAUUUUGAUUUUUUGUGAAAUAAACAUUUCAGCUUCAAAAAUAUGAAUUUUCUGUCCAUAAUUUCUGGUUUCAGGCAUUAAAGUGUUUCCUUUGAUCUUUAUUAUUUUAACUUUAAAUUCUACAUGUUUGAUUUUGACUGAAGUCAGACUCUGUGAGGCGUUCACGGACUCAUCACUGCAGUUCUCAUAUUUCCGACGGCAGUGAAAGCAUCACCAUUCUCUGCUGCAGUGGUCGGACACACAGACACACACAGACACACACAGACAGAGAUCAGGGUGUCGGUCAGCUGCUCUCUGUUUCACACGGUCGUCUGUUUGUUUGAUUCGGUUGUUUGUCGGUUAAUCGGAGAAUCUCCGGUAUGAACACGGAGGAGACGCAGGUGGAGCUGCAGGAGGCCGGGAGGAGCAGAGAUGCUGAGGAGCAGAAGGAUGCGGAGGUCCCCGCCCAGAUCCCCGCGGAUACCGACGCCACCGAAGCCGACGUUAGUGAGGCCGACCUGGACCAGGAGGAGCAGGAGAAGCUCCCCAUGACCGGGGGAGGAGGAGGAGGAGCAGGAGGAGACCGGGGGGAUGGAGCUCCGUGUGCGGGAGGAGGAGGAGGAGGAGGAGGAGCGGCGGAGAAAAACGGAGCCGUGAAGCUGAAGAUCCCCGAGGAAGAGGAGGGGGAGGAGGAGGUGAAAUUUACCGGACUGACCAAAGAGGAGCUGCUGAGGGUGGCGGGAACCCCGGGGUGAGAGAGAGAGAGAGAGAGAGAGAGAGAGAGAGAGAGAGAGAGAGAGAGAGAGAGAGAGAGAGAGGGGGAGACAAGGCCCCGAAAUACACACAAUAUAUACACAAUAUACACACAAUACACUACACAAUAUACACAAUACACACAAUACACACAAUAUACACACAAAAUACACGAUAUGCACAAUAUACACACACGCAGUAAUUAUACUCACAGUACUCACCCUGACUGUGUGUUUUACUGCAGUUAGUCUGAGUCUUUUUCACACACUAAUAUAACAACAGUCCAGGAAUUAGACAGGCCCCUCUGACCCAGAACAUAGACAGUAUCAGUGUAGAUGUCUGAAUCAUUAAAGAGUAAAGAGAUGAAAACACUGAGGAGUUUAAACCUGCAGUCUCUCUACUGUCCAUCAGGGGGCAGUCUAACCUCAGUGAACCUCCUCCUAACGUAGAUAUAGAUCACUCAGACUCUGAGAAAAACGUAGAUAUAGAUCACUCAGACUCCUGUGUGUGUCCUCAGGUGGGUUCGGACCCGUUGGGCCCUGUUGGUGGUGUUCUGGCUCGGUUGGUUGGGGAUGUUAGCUGGCGCCGUCCUCAUCAUCCUGCGGGCGCCUCGCUGCAGAGACCUCCCCCCCACCAACUGGUGGAACGACGGCCCGCUGUACCGGAUCGGGAACAUCCAGGCCUUCACCGAGACCCGGAACCUGAAGGGUGAGAAAGAACCACAGAUGUGAGGACCAGGGGGACCGGAAGACCCGGUCUGAGUCCCUCUGCUGACCAAGCGUCUGUUCAGGAAACGAAACCUUAAAAACGUCCAAUCAGGUCCCAGACUUCUGCUGAGUCAGAGUGUCAGAGCGAGCGGGACGACGGGGUCAGGGGUCAAAUCCAGGACAUCUAGUCUGUUCUGUUCUAUACUGUUCUAUUUUAUUAUAUAUGAAAUAAUCAAUAACCCCGCCCCCUCGGUUCAGGUGUGGAGCAGAAGGUCGGCGCUCUGUCUCAGCUGAAGGUCCGGGGUCUGGUUCUGGGUCCGCUCCACGUCGCUCCUGCAGAUGACGUUCUGGGUCUGAGGUUCGAGGAGGUCUCUCCGGAGAACGGGAACCUGGAGCAGUUCAAAGGUCUGGUCCAGGCGGCCCACAAGAAAGGUGAGGAGCCGGUCCUGAGUGGACCUGAGUGGACCUGAGUGGACCUGGGGGGGGGGGUCUCUGAGGUCCUUCAGGACUCUCUGACUCUCUGGGUUUUGGGUCUCUGCAGGUCUUUCUGUGGUUCUGGAUCUGACUCCGAACUAUCAGGGAUCAUCUGGACCCUGGUUCUCCAACACCAGUGUGACCGGCGUGGCCGAGAGGCUGAAGGUGAGUCUGUCCUGAUGGUGGGCGGGGCUGUGGGCGGGGCAGCAGGGGCCGCCGUCUCUGACCCUCUCUCUCUGUCUCAGUCCGCUCUGGUGUUCUGGUUGGAUCUGGGCGUGGACGGCGUGCAGCUGUCGGGGGUGGAGCGUGUUUCUACCGUGGUGCCGUCUUUGUGGGCCGACAUCCGGGCCAUCGUCCAGAACGGGACGGAGCAGCAGUCCCAGAAGAGGUCAGAACCGUUUAGGUGGACCAGGUCGGGUCAAACCGGGUCUCAUGGAUCCUCCUGAAAAGACGUUUCCGUUUGUUUUUUCAGGGUCCUGAUGGGCGUCACCGAGCGCUCCACGCCUGAAGACGUCUCCGCCCUCCUCUCCUCCACCGGGGUCGACCUGCUGGUCUCCAGGGUCCUCCGUCCGGGCAGCACAGACGCCAUGGAGCACGCUCAGUCCGUCCAGCUGCUGUACUCGUCCCACAAUCAGAGCGAGCUGACGUGGAGCCUGGGGGGGCGGGACCAGGGUCACCUGGCGUCACUGGUGGGCCCGGCUCUGGUCCGGCUGAACCUGCUGCUGCUGCUGACGCUGCCGGGGACGCCGGUGGUCAACUACGGCGACGAGAUCGGACUGAUGGACGAGGUGAGACGGAGCGCCGACGAGUUCGAGUUUCAGUCUGAUUUAAUUUUUAAAAUGAACUUUUUUAGAUUUUUAUAUUUUUAUCUGGUAACUUUUAGUGAAUUUUUUUUUAAUUUAAUUUUAAUUUUAACUUUUUUGUUUAGAUUAUCGUUGUUGUUGUUUUGAAUAUUCUCACUAGUUUUGUUUGUUUUCAGUUUAUUUUUGUUGUUUCACACGUUCAAAAAUAAGAAUAAAAUGAAAAAAAUUAAAAUGAAAUAAAACAUUUGCUUUUAUAAAUAAAAUAUUGAUUAGAUAAAUACUUCUUAUAAAUAUUAAAAAAUAGUUUAAGACAUUUUGAACUUUUUUUUGUUAUUUCGUCAUUUUUCUGUAAAGCGAAGUUACCGACGUCUUUGAGUUUCACUUCGAUAAAAUUUUUAAAAAUUCACUUUUUUCAUAUUUUUAUGUUUUUAUGUGUUUAAUUUUCAAAAAGUUUCAGAAAUUUUUGGGGGAAAUAUUUAAAAAACAUUUAAAAAUGCUUCUUAUUUUUUGUUCAGGGGACCUUUAAUCCCUGAAAGACUGACAGAAAAUAU